ACCAUGGCCGAGCUGCCUCCCGACGUAGAGGAAGAUGCCUGCCUGCCUGAGUACCGCCAUCUCUUCUGCCCGGACCUGCUGCGGUGAGCGCCCGGGAGAACGUGUGUCCCGGGAGUCGACGUGGUGCAGGCCCCCAGGGACAAAGUGGCCUUUAUCACAGGCGGUGGCUCUGGGAUUGGUUUCCGGAUUGCAGAGAUUUUCAUGAGGCAUGGCUGCCACACAGUCAUCGCCAGCCGGAGCCUGCCGAGAGUGUCAAUGGCUGCCAAGAAGCUAGCUGCUGCCACUGGCCAGCGAUGCCUUCCUCUGUCUAUGGACGUCCGAGUGCCCCCAGCCAUCAUGGCUGCUGUGGACCAGGCGCUGAAGGAGUUUGGCAAAAUCGAUAUUCUCAUUAACUGUGCAGCUGGGAACUUCCUGUGUCCUGCCAGUGUGUUGUCCUUCAAUGCCUUCAAGACUGUGAUGGACAUUGACACUGUUGGCACCUUCAAUGUGUGUCGUGUGCUCCAUGAGAAGUUUUUCCGGGACCAUGGAGGGGUGAUUGUGAAUAUCACUGCAACCCUGGGUAACCGUGGGCAGGUGCUCCAGGUGCAUGCAGGCUCAGCCAAGGCAGCCAUGGAUGCAAUGACGAGGCACUUGGCUGUGGAGUGGGGCCCCCAGAAUAUCCGUGUCAACAGCCUUGCCCCUGGUCCCAUCAGCGGCACAGAGGGGUUCUGGCGACUGGGUGGCUCCCAGGCCAGCAUGAACACAAAAGUCCUUGCAAGCCCCCUGCAGAGGUUGGGGAACAAGACAGAGAUUGCCCACAGUGCGCUCUACCUGGCCAGCCCACUGGCAUCCUAUGUGACGGGUGCUGUGCUGGUGGCUGAUGGUGGGGCAUGGCUGACAUUCCCAAAUGACAUCAAGAAGCUGGCGAAUUUCACAUCCUUCUCUGCUAAGCUCUAGGUGAGGUGCUAACCCUGGGUCCUGGGGUUAACCUGUGUCCUUGGUACUCCUGGCCUUGCCCUGCUGGAGAGUAGUGGGUGGCUCCCUUGUCUCCAUCCUUCCUGCCCCUUCUUGGCUGCAUGUCAGAUGCUACCCACUGGACAGACAGGGCUGACAGGCUGUGUAGGAGGUAGCUCUAUGACCUAGGCUCUGCUGGCAUUUCUGGCAGUUACUGGAAGACUAAGGCAGAGAAAGUAUCUGAAGGGAAGCUGCCCUCAGCCUUCUUCUGAGCUUGAGGACACCUUCUGGGCACCUGCCCCCAGUGGUGCACAUUCAAGCCUAACACCUUCCUCUAGGGGGCACGCUAUCUUCACAUUCUCCCUUCCAAUGGCCCUACCUAGGUAACUGCCCAUGCUGGCAUCUGCCUGAGGGCCAGCUAGGGAUGGGGACGUAGCCAGGUUGCUGGGGUGUCUCCUGCCUGCCCAACUCCAGCCCUGGGCUAGUCUCCUUCCUCCCUGUGUGUGUGCAUUGGGCAUCCUUGGUCAUUCCCACUGCCUUAGAUGGAGGGUAUGGUACAAUCCACGCCUCCUUUCCCCUGCCUCACUCCUGGCCUGGGGAUCUCUGUCCUCAGAAGUCAAACCAGAGAGGAAGGAAAAAGAUGAUUAAAAAGAAUCACUGGAGGCCAGGCACCGUGACUCACACUUGUAAUCCCAGUACCCCGGGAGGCUGAGGUGGGAGGAUCCCUUGGGCUCAGGAGUUCGAGAUCAGGCUGAACAAAAUUGAGACCCAGUCUCUACUAAAAAUAGAAAAAAAAAAAAUAAGCCAGGUAUUGAGGCGGGUGUCUCUGGUCUAUUUGGGAGACUGAGGCAGGAGGAUUGCUUGGUGUGUGAGGUUGCUGUCAGCUAGGUUCAUGCCAUGAUACUCCCUUGACAACAGAGUGACACUGUUUUAAAAAAAUAAAAAAGAAUCACUGGUAAUCCUGUCACUUAGAGGGAUUUUGUUUCCUUCCUGCCUAUUUUCUGUGAUGUUUAGAACACUCUUUCCGGCUCGGUGCCUGUGGCUAAAGUGGCUAAGGCACCAGCCACAUACACCAGAGUUGGUGGGUUUGAAUCCAGCCCGGGCCUACCAAACUACAAUGACAACUACAACCAAAAAAUAGCCAGGUGUUGUGGCAGAUGCCUGUAUGUAGUCCCAGCUACUUGGGAGGUUGAGGCCAGAGAAUUGCUUAAGCCCAGGAGUUGGAGGUUGCUGUGAGCUGUGAUGCUAUGGAACUAACUGUACCCAAGGCGACAGCUUGAGGCUCUGUCUCAAAAAAAAAAAAAAAAAAAGAACACUCUUCCCACCUGAUGCCUGAUACUCAGAGAGUGCACAUGCUCCUUUGCAGGAGGCAACCUGUUCACAUCUGGCCUACUCUGCCCACCCACUGGUUGCUGCUCUCCUUGGGUUGGUCACUACUUUGCCUUUCUUCCUCUGUGAACAUACCCGCAGCCCCUCUGCACACAGCAGAGGGUGAGCAGGAGGCCAGGGUGGGGGAGAUGUGGCCUACUAUGGGCCUUGUGGUCCCCAGUCUGUUUUUCCAUACUCUCACCUCACCACUGCCCCAAACCCCAAAUGUGCGCAGGCUUUACUUUCUGAGAAACAGGAGAAACGUUUGCCCCUUAUAGUUUCACUCUUGGCCCAUUUGUAAACAUGGUAUUAAGCUUACAGCUGUUGAGUCAGCUUUAGGGGUACUGCAUUUCAGCACAUGCUCCUCACCUGUGUGGAGUGGACAUUGUUGCCCCGUAAGGCAGUGUCAGAGCUGUGUGCACUGAUUUGCCAGCAGCAGCAGCUCUGUGAUGACCAAGCUGCAGUUAAAGCUUAGCCGAGGUCUUAUUCCUGCCCAGCACCAAUGGCCAUGGCACACCUGGUGUCCAACUUGUUCAGCCUUCUUGGAGAGUCCAGAUGUAGCCUCUCUGGGGCCUUAGCAACAUAAAUGAUUGAAAACUUACAGCCACAGGCAACACCAAAUGUUCUGGUUCACCCUGAGCAUAGAAUCAGUAGGACUGACAGUUAACACCUACCUAAGUGCACCAUCUGUGGAAAUGAGUCACGCGAUCUUGCCCUGAAGCCUGUCUUGAGUAUCCCCUUACCGCUACAACCAGUCCCUGUUGUCUUUGCAGUCUGAGAUGCACAGUUGAGGUGGAAAUGUGCAGCAGGGAAUUCAAGCUGAGGAAAAACAGCCACCUGCCAGGACCCUGGGAUGCUCACCCCUGGGUCUGAGGCAGGUGCUCUAGGAUGAAGCCUUUCAGUGCAGACAGAUUGCAUGGAUGUGGCAGUCAUUUUGGCUUAGUUCACCAGCCCAGGGUCCUUGGUUAUAGGCAUACCCAGCAGGUGUCACUUGCCUCACAGUGAAGCUAGGAAAGACAAGUGACAGAGCAAGGAAAGACAAGUGACAGAGCAAGAAGGACCAGGUGUGUACAGUGAGGAUGGACAGUGGCACUCCGGCCUAUGGAGCUGUUGCCCUUGGUGGUGGCAUUUAUACCACAGUAAUUAGGUGUGUUGGCUCACACCUGUAAUCCCAGCACUCUAGGAGGCUGAGGUGGGAGGCUCCCUUGAGCUCAAGAGUUUGAGACCAGCCUGAGCAAGAGUGAGACCCCGUAUCUACUAAAAAUAGAAAAGUUAGCUGGGCAGGUGGCAGUGCCACUAUUGUGGCAGGUGACUAUAGUCCCAGCUACUUGGGAGGCUGAGGCAAGAGGAUUGCUUGAGCACAGGAGUUGGAAGUUGCUAUGAGAUAUGACAUACCCAAGGCACUUUACCUAGGGCAACAGAGUGAGACUGUCUCAAAAAAAAAAAAAAAAAAAGUUUCCAUUCACAUCAACAAUUUCUUCAAAUAUGCCAUAAUUAUCUUGAAAAUACAGAAAAUGCCAGGUUUCCUGAAACGAAAGGUAAUUUUUUAUAUGUGAACCUUGGUCAGAGAAUUUUCUGAAACUUUACCUGUGGAAGCUGCCAACUCUGCCAACACUUGACCUUACCCCUUUGGUAAGGGUGAAAGUUUUUAACUUUGGUCCUUUGAAAACUAUGUAUACACCUGGUGCAGUGGUUCACACCUAUAAUCCUAGCACUCUGGGAAGUUGAGGCAGGUGGAUCUCCUGAGCUAGGAGUUCAAGACCAGCCUGAGUAAGAAUGAGACCCCAUCUCUAUGUCUUUUUUUUUUUGGCCAGGGCUGGGUUUGAACCCGCCACCUCUGGCAUAUGGGACCGGCACCCUACUCUUUGAGCCACAGGCACCGCCUGAGACCCCAUCUCUAAAAAAGAUCCAGGCUUUGUGGUGGGCACCUAUAGUCUCAGCUACUCCAGAGACUGAGGCAGGAGGAUCAUGUGAGCCUAAUAGUUUGAGGUUGCUAUGAGCUGUGCCGCCAUGGUACUCUAUUGAGGGUGACAAAAUGAGACCCUUGCCUCAAGAAAAAAAAGGAAACUGCAUAAAAACAUCAGCCAAAACAGGGUGAGAAGCCAUGAGAUGGCAACCAUUCGAGGUGUGAGAUUCAGCCCGUCUGUCUUCACUGAUGUGUCCAGGACCUAAUGCACAUUUUAUUUAUUUAUUGAGAUAGAGACUCACUUUGUCACCUUUGGUAGAGUGAUGUAGCAUCAUAGCUCACAGCAACGUCAAACUCUUGGGCUGAAGUGAUCCACUUUCUCAGCCUCCCGAGUAGGUGGAACUAUAGGCAUCCACCACAAUGCCCAACUAUUUCUUAGAGAUGGGGGUCUCUGGUUCAGGCUGUUCUCAAACUAAUGAGCUCAGGCAAUCCACUCACCUUGGUUUCCCAGAGUGCUGGGAUUACAGGCGUGAGCCACCAUACCUGGCCAGAUGCACAUUUUUUUGUUUUUUUUUUGAGACAGAGUCUUGCUUUGUUGCCCUCGGUAGAGUGCUGUGAUGUCACAGCUCACAGCAACCUCCAACUCCUGGGUUUAGGUGAUUCUCUUGCCUCAGCCUUCCAAGAAGCUGGGACCACAGGCGCCUGCCACAACACCCAGCUAUUUUUUUGUUGCAGUUUGGCCAGGGCUGAGUUUGAACCCGCCACCCUUGGUAUAUGGGGCCGGCUUCCUACUCACUGAGCCACAGGCGCCGCCCGCAGAUGCACAUUUUAAAAUGUGUUGGGCAUGUCUCAGCAUCUGUAGCUCAGCAGCCAGGGCACCAGCCACAUACACCAGAGCUGGCGAGUUUAAACCCAACAUAGGCCUGCCAAACAAGACAACUAUAACCAAAAAAAAAGAUAGCUGGGCGUUGUGGCAGGUGCCUGUAGUCCCAACUACUUGGGAGGCUGAGGAAAGAGAAUUGCUUAAGCCCAAGAGUCUGAAGUUGCUGUGAGCUGUGAUGCUACCUCACUCUACUUAGGGCACCAUAGUGAGACUCUGUCUCAAAAAAAAAAUAAAAUAAAACGUGUUGCACGGCCAGGCACAGUGGCUCAUGCCUGUAAUCCCAGCACUCUGGGAGGCCAAGGCGGGUGGAUAGCUUGAGUUCAUGGGUUCAAGACCAGUCUGAGCAAAAAGUGAGACCCCCAUCUCUACUAAAAAUAGAAAUACUGAGGCAGGAGGAUCAUUUGAGCCCAAGAGUUGGAGGUUGCCAUGAGCUAUGAUGCCACAGCAUUCUGCCCAGAAGUACAGCUUGAGAUCCUGUCUCAAAAAAUAAAUAAAAAUAAAAAAAUAGGCUUAGCACCUGUAGCUCAGUGGCUAGGGGACCAGCCACAUACAUUGGGGCUGGCAGGUUCAAACCCAGCACCGGCCUGCCAAACAACGACAACUACAACCAAAAAAUAGCCGGGCAUUGUGGUGGGCACCUAUAGUCCCAGCUACUUGGGAGGUUGAAGCAAGACAAUUGCUUAAGCUCAAGAGUUUGAGGUUACUGUAAGCUGUGGCACCACGGCACUCUACCAAGGGCAACAUAAUGAGACUCUCUCAAAAAAAACAAAAAACAAAAAGAUAUGGCACAGCACCUGUGGCUCAAGCGGCUAAGCCGCCAGCCACAUACACCUAAGCUAGUGGGUUCGAAUCCAGCCUGGGCCUGCCAAACAAUGAUGGCUGCAACCAAAAAAUAGCUGGGUGUCAUGGUGGGCACCUGUAGUCCCAGCUACUUGAGAGGCAGAGGCUGGAGACUCACUUGAGCCCAGGAGUUGGAGGUUGCUGUGAGCUGUGAUGCCACAGCACUCUACCCAGGCUCUAAAAAAAAAAAUAAAAGUUGUGGGCUCUGUGCCCAUAGCACAGUGGUUAUGUCACCGGCCACAUGCAUUGAGGCUGGAGGGUUUGAACCCAGCCUGGACCAGCUAAACAACAAUGACAAUGACAAAUGCAACAAAAAAAUAGCCAGGCCUUGUGGCCCAUGCCUGUAUUACCUGUUACUCGGGAGGCCGAGGCAAGAGAAUUGCUUAAGCCCAAGAAUUUGAGCUGUGACAGUUGAGUUUGAGGUUGUUGUGAGCUGUGACACCACAGCACUCUACCGAGGGUGACAUAAUGAGACUUUGUCUCAAAAAUAAAAAAUAAAAAGAUAAAUAAAAAGUGUUGUGGUAGGAUGGGCCUGGUGGCUCAUGCCUGCAAUCCUAGAACUUUGGGAGGUCAAAGCAGGUGGAUUGCCUGAGCUCACAAGUUUGAGAUCAGCCUGAGCAAGAUCAAGACCCCAUCUCUAAAAAGUAGCCUGCGUUGGGCGGCACAUGUGGCUCAGUGAGUAGGGUGCUGGCCCCAUAUACCAAGGUGGCGGGUCUGAACACACCCUAACAGGGUAUGUUCAUCUUUGUAGACACAGAAAGCAAAGAAAACCUUAGAAUUGCCUAAGUAGGGCAGCGCCUGUGGCUCAAUGAGUAGGGCGCUGGCCCCAUAUACUGAGGGUGGCAGGUUCAAGCCUGGCCCUGGCCAAACUGCAACAAAAAGUAGCUGGGGAUUGUGGUGGGUGCCUGUGAUCCCAGCUAUUUGGGAGGCUGAGGCAAGAGAAUCGCCUAAGCCCAAGAGCUGGAGGUUGCUGUGAGUUGUGACACUACAGCACUCUAUCAAGGGCAAUAAAGUGAGACUCUGUCUCUUAAAAAAAAAAAAAAGUGGCAGCACCUGUGGCUCAAAGGAGUAGGGCACCAGUCUCAUGCCAGAGGUGGCGGGUUUAAACCCAGCCCUGGCCAAAAACUGCAAAAAAACAAACAAACAAACAAAAACGAAUUGCCUAAGUAAACAGUGCUAAUUAUUUGGGGGUGUUCCUCUCUGUCAACUUCUGUGGCUCAGGUAUCUUGUGCCUGGUAUACGCUACAAGCCCUGGCACCCACAGUCUCUCCCAGCCAGUGAGCUUGGCUCUCUCCUGACAUGUGUCUCCCCCACCUCAUUUUCCUCUUUUCUUCCCAGCCCUGGCACUGUGAUAUGUACCUCCUGGGGCUUGGCCACACCAGUGGGGGCAUGGGACACAGUCUGUGGGUGACCUUGUUUGCACAUUUGUCCACCUACCAGUACACACGUGCACCUGCUCUGUUAGGGGUGCUGAGGCCCCAGAAGUGAGCAUGUGCUACCCUCCUGGGGACGGGCUUCUCUCUGCUUUGCCUGUGGAAUUGCUGUGGAGUAAAGGCAGGGAGAGCAAAACAACGAGUCUCCAAGAACCUCCUCAGUCAUGACAUUUCGAGGCUCAGCAGAGGUUCCUCUGUCCCCCACAUCAUUUUGUCCUUAUCCUUUGGGACAGAUCAAGCCUCCCUUACACCAGUCAAGCCCCUACCCUGGGCUGCAUGUGGAAACAGUGAGGGGUUUUGUGUUGUCCCUGGCUCCUACCAAGCUCAAAAAUGCUGCAGUGAGGCAGCCAUGUCCUCCCAAGCAAGGAAGGUGGGUCCUCCAGGGUAAGGGGUUAACAGUUGGCCUCAGCUCUGGAGUAGGCACAGGCCCUUGGCAGAUAUCAGGUGGUUCUUGUUGGACAUCUGCCAUAGAAACCCCAUCCUAGCACUUUGGAAGAUCAAAGCUGAGGAUUGCUUUAACUCAUGAGUUCCAAGACCAGACUGGGCAAAAGCAAGACCCCGUCUCUACUAAAAAAAAGCUGGGCCUAUAGUCCCAGCUACUUUGGAGGCUGAGGCAGGAGGAUUGCCUGAACCUAGGAGUUUGAGGUUGUUGUGAGCUAUGGUGACAUCAUUGUACUCUAGCCAGGGCAACAGAGUGAAACUGUCUUGAAGAAAAAUAAAAAAAUUAAAGCUUACCAAAAAAAAAAAAAAAAAAAAUUAAAGCUCACUAACUAGAUACUAGAGGAUCACUCAAGGCCAGGAGUGUGAGCUUGCUGUGAACUAGGCUGAUGCCAUGGCACUCCAGCCUGGGCAACAGUGAGACUCUAUCUCAAACAAACAAACAAAAAAAAUUAACUUUUAGGGGCGGCACCUGUGGCUCAGCGGGUAGGGCGCCGGACCCAUAUACCGAGGAUGGCGGGUUCAAACCCAGCCCCGGCCAAACUGCAACCAAAAAAUAGCCGGGAGUUGUGGCGGGCACCUGUGGUCCCAGCUACUCGGGAGUCUGAGGCAGGAGAAUUGCCUGGGCCCUGGAGUUGGAGGUUGCUGUGAGCUGUGUGACGCCAUGGCACUCUACCAAGGGCGAUAAGUUGAGACUCUGUCUCUACAAAAAAAAAAAAAAAAAGUUAACUUUUAGGUCUUCCACCAUCACAAUUUUUACACAAUGGGAAGUAGACUGAUGUGAACUAGACUUUGAUAGGCAGCUAAGAAGGGAGGUCUGCACCCUGCAAACCUCUCCUCUUCAGACUGGCCACCCUAUCUAGCUUGGGCCUGUGGGAGAUGUGGUGAAUACAGAUGGCGUCUCUGAAAAUCUGCAGUCACAGUGGGGAUAGAGAUGGCUGUGUUAUCAAAGGAAGACAUGAAGCAGGUGCUAGCAACUUCAGAGUGAAUCGUUAAAAUAAGAACAUCUUUUUGUUGUUGUUGCAAUUUUUGGCUGGGGCUGAGCUUGAACCUGCCACCCUCAGCACAUGGGGCCAGCACCCUACUCCUUGAGCUAUAGGUGGCACCUUUUUUUUUUUUGAGACAGUGUCUUACUUUGUCACCCCCAGUAGAAUUGCCCUGGUGUCAUAUCCACAGCACCUCCCUUGGGCUCAAGCGAUUCUCUUGCCUCAGCCUCCUGAGUAGCUGGGACUACAGGCGCCCGACACAAUGCCUGGCUAUUUUUAGAGAUGGGGUCUUGCUCUAGCUCAGGCUGGUCUCGAACCCAUGAGCCCAGGUGAUCCACCAACCUUGACCUCCCAAAGUGUUGGGAUUACAGGCAUGAGCCACUGUGCCCAGCUAAAAUAGGUAAAUCUUUUUUUUUUUUCUUUUUUAUUAGUUAUCUCACUUUGUUGCCCUGGGUAGAAUGCUGUGGCAUCAUAUCUCACAGCAACCUUUAACUCUUGGUCUCAAGCGAUUCUCUUGCUUCAGCCUCCUGAAUAGCUGGGACUACAGGUGCCUGCCUCAACACCUGGCUAUUUUUAGAGAUGAGGUCUUGCUCUUGCUCUGGCUGGUCUCAAGCCCGUGAGCUCAGGCCAUCUGCCUACCUUGGCCUCCCAGAGUGUUAGGAUUACAGGCUCGAGCCACUAUGCCCGGCCUUACAAUAAAAAAAAAAUUUAAAACUUCAACUGAGGGGCAGCGACUUGGCUCAGUCGGUAAGGUGCCGGCCCCAUAUACCGAGGGUGGCAGAUUCAAACCCGGCCCCAGCUGAACUGCAACCAAAAAAUAGCCGGGCGUUGUGGCGGGCGCCUGUAGUCCCAGCUACUCGGGAGACUGAGGCAAGAGAAUCGCUUAAGCCCAGGAGUUGGAGGUUGUUGUGAGCUGUCUGAUGCCAUCCAUGGCACUCUACACAAGGGCCAUAAAGUGAAACUCUGUCUCUACAAAAAAAAAAACUUCAACUGAGCCAGGAGUUAAAUGGCAACUUACAAACUCAUGUUCUAGUUUUACUCUAAGAAAUGUACUUUACCAAAUUUGAAGAUGAAAAUAAAAGUCCCCCCCUACUGAAUAAAAUGUUGGUAAACACCAGUGAGGCUCUGUGCUGUCUUCUGCUGGGGAUCACUGGGGAGUAUGAUCUGGUCCUAAAUUUGACUUUUUUUUUAUUGUUGGGGAUUCACUGAGGGUACAAUAAGCCAGGUUACACUGAUUGCAUUUGUUAGGUAAAGUCCCUUUUGCAAUCAUGUCUUGCCCCCAGAAGGUGUGGCACACACCAAGGCCCCACCCUUUUUUUUGAGACAAAGCCUCAAGCUGUCGCCCUGGAUAGAGUGCCGUGGCGUCACAGCUCACAGCAACCUCCAACUCCUGGGCUUAAGUGAUUCUCCUGCCUCAGCCUCCCAAGUAGCUGGGACUAGAGGCACCCACCACAACGCCCAGGUAUUUUUUGGUUGCAGCCGUCAUUGUUGUUUGGCAGGCCCAAGCUGGAUUUGAACCUGCCAGCUCAGGUGUAUGUGGUUGGCACCUUAGCCGCUUGAGCCACAGGUGCCGACCCCCUAAAUUUCACUUCUUGCCAAGUUUUCUUACUGAAUACAAAUUUUAAUCUAGUUUUCAAAGUGGUAAAUUAAAAAUAUUUGGCAGGUGGUUUUUGUUUAUACGCACGUAGCUUUAUUGAGGUAUAAUGACACAAUGAAGUGCACACAUGUAGAGUGUGUAAUUUGA